AUGGCUGGCCCGAUAACUUCCACCCCUAAUGCCGGCAACAGUGCUGGCCAGCGUCCAAUUUCUCGGACGGAGAGUUCAAAUCCGAGGGAAUUUCAGCUCAACCAGCUCCGGCGGCGCUUUCGCCCUACAGAGAGCGCUGAUGAGUCGGGGAUCACAUUAUCCUUCGGGCUAGCUCCUUCAGAUCCAGACUUUCCUUUCGACCUGGACCGCUUAGAUUGUGCUCUAUACGUACCCUCGACGUAUCCCGGGCGGGGACGGCCAGUCCUGAAAGUGGCUAACCCGGAAAUUGGAGCUGCAUUCCAGGAAAAUGUGUCCAGGGGAUUUGACGAUAUCGUUGAUAGUUCGGUGAGAAUGGGCGGGCGUGGAACCCUUCUCAACUGGGUCAAUACAUUGGACCGACACCUAGAGCGACUCCUUACUACCACCGAGCGUGGACCAACUCUCAAGUUUGUGCAGAACGCCAGGAAGGAAGAGUCUGUUAGCGAGCCCUUGGUGGACGAUUUGAGUUCACUGUCCUUGAAACAGGAGCCUCAACCUAAGAGAGUGAUUCCCCCACCAGUGGUGGAGUCCCGUCCAGUUCAUACGGCUGAAGAGAGGGCCCAGGCAGAGAAGCGGAGGGCAGCCGAAACAAAACAGCUUGAAGCUCGCCUUGGAAGAUUGCCACUGUUCCAGAAAGCGAGAGAUAGCUCUUCGUUCAUCAUACCUAUCCAGCCUACAAAGGUCGACCGGCUCCCAGUUACACUCCGGGCAGUCAAAACAGUCAGGCUUUCAGUACCUGCACUAUAUCCCCUCGAGCCUAGCUCCGUGGAGCUACAAGGAGUUCGGGGGACCGAGGUGCAUUCCGUUGAAAUUGGUUUCUCCCAAUGGAUCCAGGACCAUUCUCAACUAAAUCUGGUGUCGCAAGUCAAUUAUCUAGCCAGCAAUAUUCAUAACUUUGCGAAGACAGUCGUCAAGGACACCGAGCCCCAGCAGCCCGAGCCUGAACUUGCAAUUCCAGAAGAACCACAGUCUACGGAAAAUGUGGAUCAUUCAAUCAUAGACGAAGACAAACCUCACCUCCACGUUAUCCAGCGACCUCCGGAAUGGACUGUCGGUGAUGGAACAAGUGGUAGCGAUGAGACCGAUAUUUCUACGACUGAUGACGACUAUUCAGACGACGAAGAGGACGGUGGUGCGCCAGUACCACUUAUACCAGAACCAACAACUGAGUACGGCGUUGCUCUAUCUUUCCCAUACCUGGAACUUUAUGGAAUCGAACUUCUUGAACUAGUUGGUCUCUAUAUUACGAUCAAGUGUGACCGAUGCAAAGAACAGUUGGAUGUGAGAAAUAUACCCCAGACCAAAGACAGCAGUGACACGUUGUCUCCGAAAGUGGAGGUCUGCAAGAAAUGCUCAAACUCAAUGAGUAUCGGGUUCCGUCGGUUGCUGAUACAUCAAAACUCUACGCGAGCGGGAUAUCUGGACCUGGACGGCUGUACAGUUGUGGAUCUUCUCCCUAGUGGGUUCAUCCCAACAUGCGCAGAGUGUUCAACCCCUUUCCCCGGACCAGGAAUAGUCGCAGUUCGCGCAGAAAGCGCCAUGGCCAACUGCCGGCAAUGCCAUCGUAAAAUGGUUUUCAAACUUCCCGAGGUGAAAUUCCUCAGAGUAGGAUCUGCAGCGUUCACAUCUCGCGAACGUGCCCCAUCAAGGAAGAAGCCAAAGGAAACCCUUGGUAUCGUAGCAGGCCAGGAACUACCCCGUCGCGGCCGGUGCAUGCACUAUAGCAAAAGCUACCGCUGGUUUAGAUUCGGCUGCUGUGCUAAAGUAUUUCCCUGCGACAAAUGCCACGAUGCAGCCACGGAUCAUCCAAAUGAACACGCUAACCGCAUGAUAUGUGGUUUCUGCUCUCGCGAGCAAAUCUACCGCCCCGAAAACUGCGGGAUCUGUCGGGCGUACCUUGUCGGGAAAGCAGGAAGUGGAUUCUGGGAAGGAGGGAAGGGGACGAGAAAUAGAGCCCUGAUGAGUAGGAAAGUAUUAGACCCGCGGAAAUAUAAACGGCGCGGAGGGACAACGCCUGGGGGCGCGAGCUCGUCGAAGAAGAAGUAA